AUGGAAAGGAGAAAUAGCACAAAGCGAUGCCAUGAUGAAAAACAUGUACAAGAUGAUGGGUUUAAGCGCCAGAAGUCAAUAUCUGACGAUCUCAACAUGCAAACGUUAGUUAUGGACGAUCCACAACCACCGUUGCCAGAGGAGGAGGAGGAGGAGCAAGUGGAUGGUCAGCAGCAGCAGUUGUUGGCGAUAGAGGAGAAGAUAUUCCCUACAUGCAGAGGAAAUGAUUUUGGUGCUGGCAGAUUUCUGGAAAAUAUAGGAGAAAAGGUCAUUACACUUUUCAACAAUCUUCCGGGAAAGCUUCCCUUGCAUAUUCAUCAUCAAAAACCUACGAAAAUAAAGUUAACAGAGUCUACCAGAUCUAUUUACAACAAUGGCAUCAUGCAAUGGAUGAGUUUUCUCUUACAUGAGUUGUUUUUGAAGGAGGAGAAGAAGGAGGGGCAGCAGCAGUCAUUGGAGGAGGAAGAUCAGGAGCAGGAGCAGAAUGAAGAGGAGGAAGAAGAGAAGGAUAAGGAGGGUCAGAAGGCGGAUAAGGAGAGGCAGUUGUUUAUGAAGGAGGAGGACAUAAUCUCAGAAGACUGUGUAGAUUUUAGUGGUUGCAGUUUGACGAAGCCUAUAGGAAAAAUUGCAAUAGUACGGCUUUUCAACGAUCUUGCGGAAAAGCUUUCCAGGGUUUAUGGUCAAUUUAAACCCGUGCAGGACGACGGUGGUGCACCCCUACAUAUGAUGAGCAGCUGUGGUACACCUGUAUCGCUUGGGAUGCAGCUUCGGCAGUCUAAUGAGGGAUUCGACGUCUGUCAAGUGAAUGAGAGGAGUCUCAUAAAAGACAAGUUAAGAGUUGGAGAUAAGAUCAUAAAGGUUUGUGGUCUAGAGAUGGCUGAUAUGAAAAUUGAAGAUAUUCAAAAACUAUUCAUGCGUAAUAAAUCGAUUAAAAUUACUAUCAAACGUAGUAUUCAAUUGGGAGAAGAUUGUGUCGAUGGAAAAAAUGGCGUUCAUUCAUUUGUACUCAGCUGCACACUUGCUGUCCAAGAUGAUGGAGUGGAAGUGUUUGAUGUUAAUUUUGAAAGAUGUGGCAAGUACCAGUUAAUGUUUCACAGAAUGCAAUCUCGGAUGUGUCUCUUCCGCAACGACUUCACGAACGGUAGUCAGGCUUAUUUACGUUGCAAGAACGCAACCAUCGAGGCCGGUAAAUUUCAUCAAACCAUGUCAAGCUUUGAAGUCCGCACAUUUAUCAAUUUAAGAGAUACGACAAAACAAGUCUGGAUUCUGGGGAAUGAGAGUAAGUUUAUAACGGCAUCCGGUGAUAGGAGUAACAUCGAACUUACUGAUGGACAAGUUGGACCGCUAAUAAGCUGUGAUGGGCGUGCAUUUAUUUAUUCCAAAUAUUCACCAGAUUCAUUUUCAUUAGAAUCACUGGAACACCCUAAACAUUAUCUUGGAAUUGACGGAAAUGAAGUAAAACUGUUAUAUUUUAAUAACUUUCCAAGCGAUGAUGAUGAAAGGAAAUGUAAACUGGAAGUCAAAGCCGUAUGAUGAAGUGCAAGGCGAUUACGCAAUGGCGUAAAAGUAGUGCGAAAUGAGAAUUCAUUGAUUUUGGUUAUCACUAAGUUUUUACGUUAUUUAAGUUAUGGGGUUUUCAGAUCAGAUGUUAGGAUCAGCUGUGUUGUGAAAUGCAUUUUACAGACCCAAACUGCUUUUAGAAAUAAUGGACAAUUUCGCUAUGCCCAGCUGCUUGGAUACUGUUGCUAUGGUCCCACAACACAACAGUGUAAAAAUUAUACGCAAAUAGUGCGUUUGUGGGACAACACGUGUGCUUGUUAGCCAUGCGCGUCUUCCAGGGCCUGUUCUGAUUGGUCAGUUUGUAAGUUUGAUCAUGGUUUGAUUGACACACCGGAUUGACCCAUUAAACUUUGUUUUUGGUAAAGAACUGCUGAAAUAUAACGUAACGUAUUAUUAACAGAGCUGAAAUUUAUCAAGCGUAAUUUAUUUUGGUAAUGUAUAUUAUAGAGCUUAAAUCAAACAUAUUUUACUUUGGAAUAUCCGUAAUAAGCGGCAAGUUAGAUGGUAUAAUUUGUUAUUUUAGUUGUUUUCUUAGAAAACAUUCGAUUACUUUACAAUCAUAAUUAUACUAUACGUACUGUACAAAUAAUUAUAAUCAACAUUUGUAAGUUAAUGACAAAAACAAAAAAAUAUUGUGUUUUACUAUAGGCCAAAGUCUAAUAGGUGGCUAACCCCGUGUAUUUUGAUUAAUGAUUAAUUAAUUAAUGGUUAAUUAAUUAAUGUCUGAAGAGUGCUGUUUUCAUCGAAUAUUUAUUUCGGUUUCACUUGAAGAAGUGAGAUGAAGUUUUUUUUAAAUUUCUAUUGAUAUAAACUAUUUGUUUGCUGAGAGCCAGACUCUAGCUUCAUGUAGAUAGCAAAUUGGGAACGGUACGUCACGUUAUUACAUUUAAAGUUAAAUAGUGACAGUGGGUAACAGAACGAUGACAUCAGGAAGAGUAAACGUCACACCGUUAGCAUUCCAGCACUACUACUACUACUACUACUACUACUACUUUUAUAUUUUAGGUAUAGGUUUGGCUUUAAGGUCAACGAAAACUAGUUUGUAGGCAAAUGACGAUCAUGAGUGUAAUGUAUACUGAAUGUUUAAAAAAUGAGAAUAUUGAGUUGAAUAGUAGUUUUACCCGGGCCACCUUUCGAUAAUGAAUAUACACCUGUGGAAAAUAUACCGGACCGGAGGAGAAUACACAACGGUGGGCUCAAAGCUUUUUUUCAUUUCAUUUAUUCAUCAAUUACAAUUAACAAUAAAAUAAACAAAAAGACAAAUAAUACAAAGUAAAGCAAUAUUCACCGCUGAUUCGAUGUUCUGUUUUCGUUUCGUG